GGAAAGAAAAAUUUUCGCUGUCAUAGCUAAUCAUGGUUUGCUAAAACUAUGUUUGCUACCGUAACUAUAAAUUUGUAAACUACAAUAAAACGGUUUGCUGCCGCACCUAAUAUAUAAAUAAAGUAGCAAUACAUGUAUGUCUAUCAGGAUCAUAUCGUAUAGCAACAUAUGAAUAGUUAUCGAAACUAACUGAUAUGUCAGAGACAUACAGUACAUUUGUUUGCGCGCAAAACUGGCGCGAGCAACGCUACGCAUGUACAGCAGUGAGUGAGAGAGUGAGAGAGACAGAGGAAAAACAAAAGUUUGCGAGUCGAAAAAUAAUGCGUGAACGUGCAUAAACGUGUCUCGGUGUCUCGAGAGAAUUCGCGGAUCCGCGACCCGCGUAAUCCUGCUAGGUUAGACGUGCCCCGUGGCUGUACGUCCGUGUAAUUUCGCUGCCGAUUUACGAAAGCGCCUCGACCGCGAAGCGUGCUAAGCACGAUCUCCCAUCUUCCGAUGUGCCGCUGGUUUUAUAUUUUAUUGUAUAUUGCAUUCCCGGCCGUAUUCGUAUCGUGCUACUUGUACUUAUAUCAGUGCCCAUCGGUGCUAUCAGUGCCCAUCAGUGCCCAUCAGUGCUAUUAUCAUUACCAUCAGUACUCAUUAGUGCUACUUCGAAUCUACGUUCAUCUGCGUUUUUACGUUAUCUACUUUAAUAUGGCCACGAAACAUCUGCUGACUGCAUGGGGAUUUAACGAAGCAGUAAUAGAUAAUUUUGUAGCUCAAGAAAUAGAAAUUGAACAAUUUAACAACUUGACCGAAGAAGAUCUGAAAAUCUUAAUUCCUAACAUUGGUCCCCGACGAAAAUUUCAAGCUAAUUUGAAAAAAUAUUUUGAUGAGAUUGCACAACAACCCAUCGAAGUAAAUUUAAUUCAGCGAGAAGAUUUGGACUUACAAGAAAGUAAAAAAAUAAAAUUAGAUGAUUUGGACGUACAAGAUUUGGAUUUACAAGAAAAUAAAAAAAUAAAACUAGAUGACAUUAUUCCUCCAAAUUCACCGUCUGCAUCUUCAACAUCUGCAAGUACAGGAUAUGAAGUUAUACUAUUAACAAAUGCUCCUACAGCAGACAUAAAGCCUGCAGCUGAUAACAAAUAUGAUCUGAAAACUAUUUUAAACAAAUCUGAAGAUGGCCAAUUAAUAUUAACUUUAUAUAAAAAAGAAAAAAAACUAAAUAAUGAUCUAAGAAAUAAAUUGACCAAAAUAAUAGUGAGUAAUGAACUGUCACCAAAUAUACAUAGCACAAUAACUAGCGAAAGGGCAUGUUUCCUGAGUGAACAGCUAAUAAGACUUUUUCCUACUGAAGACAAAAAUGUUUGGCAUAUUAAAAAUAAGAAAGGUGAAUCACAAGGCAGAGGAAAAAUUUUGACAAAGUAGGUAUUAUUGUAUAAGGCGAAAACUAAAUAAAGCUGGCUUACUGCAUGUGAAAAGUACUACAGAUUUUGUUCACGUUCCAUCUGAUA